GUAUUUGCAGCAUCAGCAAUACGUGGCUUAAGGUUUUUUCAAAUUUUGCGUAUGCUACGCAUCGAUCGACGUGCAGGUACAUGGAAAUUAUUGGGCUCAGUUAUUUGGGCUCAUCGUCAGGAAUUGCUCACAACUUUAUAUAUUGGUUUUCUUGGGCUUAUCUUUUCUUCAUUUCUUGUUUAUCUUUGUGAAAAGAGUACCAAUGAGAAAUAUUCAACAUUUGCGGAUGCUCUUUGGUGGGGAGUGAUAACUUUAUCAACGGUUGGUUACGGUGAUAAGACACCGGAAACGUGGCCUGGUAAAAUGAUUGCAGCUUUUUGCGCUCUUCUUGGCAUUUCAUUUUUUGCUCUUCCCGCUGGUAUUUUGGGUAGUGGAUUUGCUUUAAAGGUUCAACAACAUCAACGUCAAAAACAUUUAAUUCGACGACGUGUACCAGCGGCACGUUUAAUUCAAUGCAUGUGGAGGCAUUACGCUGCAACACCAGAAAGUUGCUCAAUUGCUACGUGGCGUGUUUACUUAGCAACAAUAAACUCAUCAAAUAGUCGUGGUAGUACUGGUUAUAGCUGUCAACCAAGUUUUAUCAGUCGAAUUCGACAAAGUACAAAACGACGUGCAAAUGUGAUGAGUCAUUCCGAGGGUACACUUGAUCGUAGUGGUGGCGGUGAUACGGUAGAAUUGGGAAAAAUGAGUGAAUUUCGACGAACUGGUUCAAUUAUACGAACAUUAACUGUACCACGACAAAAUGAUGAUAUCAGUUUUAUAUCAACCUCAGACUAUAGCGAAGUGGAAAGUUUGGGCGCUUUGGGUUUCAGUUUGAGUGGUUGGAAAGCUAAAGGUCGAAGUGGUACAAGUACCGGAUUUAAGAAAUCUCACGAUGAAACAUCUAGCACAAAUCGACCUAUUAAUACAACAUCAUCAUUAGUCAGGACUGCUGAUACUGAACAUUUGCAAUCAUCGGGAGGUGAAUCCGCAGAACCAAAUCAAUCGUUAUCAUUAUGCAAAUAUUUAACGGAAGAGGAUGGUGAUUAUAUGACGGGUGAUUAUAAUUUGGUUAUGGCACCGCUUUAUCAUUGGUGGGAGAAGUUGCAACAGAAAUAUCGUGAAUCAGAUGAACGUGACAGCACGGAACAUACAAUGUUGAAUCAUUUAGGCUGUGUAUCAGUCUCAAAAUCACGACGUUUACGACGUGAACCUCACGUUUACAUCUACGAUGUUAUUGAUGAUGAAUCACCAUCAUUACAACCAAAAUCGAUGGAUGAAUUUACGCCAUCGCUUAAAAAUGUGAUACGUGCAAUUCGACGUAUACAACUUCUUGUUGCAAGGCGUAAAUUUAAAGAAGCUUUAAAACCAUAUGAUGUAAAAGAUGUUAUUGAGCAAUAUUCCGCUGGACAUGUUGAUUUACAAGCACGUGUCAAACAUGUACAGCGAAGGUUAGAUCAAAUUGUUGGAAAACCAAAAGAUGAAGUAAAAGUGUCCUUAACACAUCGUAUAAUCAUUAUGGAAAUGCAGAUGCAAAAGAUUGACAAGAAGUUGGAUUUAUUACUAGAAAUGCUGUUGGAUAAUAAAGAUCAAAAGAAUCGAUUAAUUAAUUGUCCACUUUCAUUUCGAACUCCAAAUUCAUCGAAAUCUGAACCUGGCACAUCAUCAACAAUUAAAUUUGAUAGUAGAAUUGCGAAAUCAAAUUAUACAGAGAAACUUCAAAUAUUUGAUAAAUCUGAUGAAAAUGAUGAACAAUAUCAGCCAUAUCAUUCUAUUUGCAUGGAAGCAGAUAUUUCCGGAAACUCUGAUAACUCAUUUAAUAUGGCAUCUGCUCGAUCACAAUUUUGGACACCGUUGGAAACACCAAACAAUAACAAUCAAUCAUCAGAUAUAUUAUCACGUCAUACUGAUAACAAUGAAUUAGAACCGCUAUUGGAUGAUCAAAAAGAUAAGAAAUCGGUUAAUAUUGAUUUGUUUUAG